CUUGCUUGCCUGCUUGCUUGUAACUGCUGGCACGGUACAACCCUAUCACUGUCAUACACAUCGUCAACCUGGCUGAAACACCGCAAGUCGUUUGCUUGAGCAAAUUGAAAACUCUCUCUCACUUCUCCGAAAGCUGUGUGUAGACCAAACAAUUUUUUUCCGCCUUUCUGCGCGGAUAUAAGUCCAUAUACCAACCUAGGUAUACUUGUACGCUUUCAGCCUGCCUACCCGCACCAAACCACCAAACAACAAAGCCGCACAUCAUUCCAUCACUGCACACCCCAUACAACCCCAAAGACAGCAUCCACGGCUACUAUCACCAUGGCUUCUCCCGGAGCCUAUGACAACGUCAAGGACGAUACCGACGACUCCAAGAAGAUACUCUUUCGCUUCUGCUCCGAAUGCUCCAACCUCCUCUUUCCGCGCGAAGACAAGGCCGAGAACAAGCUCCUCUUUGCAUGCCGCACCUGCAGUUUCGCUGAAGAGGCCCCCUCCUCAUGCGUCAUGCGCCACGAAAUCGCCUCCACCACUGGUGACACGGCUGGUGUCACUGCGGAUAUCGGCCAGGACUUCACGUUGCCGCGUGUACAGAAAGAGUGCCCCAAAUGUCAUGAGCACGAGGCCGUCUACUUCCAGUCUCAACAGCGUACCGAAGACACCGGCAUGAAAUUGUACUUUGUGUGCACUUCAUGCAGCCACGUAUGGCAUCAAGGAAAACAGUAAACUGGUUGCAUCCAAAUUUGAGUCGAGUCCCAAUUUGGGGAGCAAGAAAAAUAAAAAGCAUUCCGCAUUGGGGCGGAGUUUGUUGGCGUUUUGCGUUUCACCGCCACUGUUUGGUAUCGUGAAUCGAGAUCUGAUACCCCUAAGAUAUCCUACAAUAAUAGCAUACACGUUUUGUUAUACAACCCUCUGACACCCUAUACUCCGUGAAAAUGCGACAUGGGUUGACCCUCUCUUUCGAUGCUCUCGUUCUUC